AUGGUUCAUCCCGCUUUCAACUCUUCCCAGCACCAGCUCGGGCUCAUCCCCUUGUCACGCGAAUCAUCCCCCAGACCUUCAUCAGCUUUUGACGACUUCACCCUAUUUGAUGUGACCGACUCGAGACCUCCCAGUUGCGUCCUUGGUUCAUCGGCUUCCUCGAUCCGUUCCACUACGAUGCCUACCUCCUCCAACCCUCCCACCCUGACGGACAUCCUCCUCGACGUCGCUCCUCCUCCCUACACUCUCAGCGCUUUCACCGCAUACCUCUCCCAGAACCACUGCAUGGAGACGCUCGAGUUUACCCUUGACCUCCAGCGCUACACGACCGCCCACGAACAACUCUCUACUGCCUCCGCCUCCGACCCCCGUGCCAUUCACCACCUCUGCGACCUGUGGGAGAAGCUCAUGCAGGCUUACAUUGUGCCCUGCGCCCCCCGCGAGAUCAAUAUCCCCUCGCGCGUCCGUGACAGGCUGUUACGCUUCCCCGGGAGGCCCCAGCCUCUUCACCCUAGGGAGCUCGAUGAGGCCGGCCAGAUCAUAUACGAACUCAUGAACGACUCUCUCCUCGUACCCUUUCUUGAGUCCAUGAGCUUGACCAACCUCGACCAAGCGAACUCUCUCUCCCCUCAAUACCCCUAUUUUGACGCUCUCGGUGCCUCUUCGUCGCGGUCCGCCUCGGUUCAUGCCUAUGACCAUGAGGGCCUUACCGACGACAGCGAUGCCAACUCGCCUCCCCCGAUAGAGCCAAUGACUCCUCCCACCACGCCGCCGACUCCCUCGGACGGCCCCUCAUCCUCUGGUCUUCAGCGCGCCAUGGCCGCCCACACCAAGAGCUGGAAGAAAACCGUGUCUAUCUCUGCUACCUCUAAUCCACCUGGUGACCGGCGCCUUUCGGCUUGCUCUGCCGUCUGGCAAGAACCGCAUCCUGGUGAGCAAUUGUCGUACGCCAAUGGAUUUCUUGCCGACAGGCGGGGUUCGGAAAACGAUUCACAACGCUAUCGAGGUAUUGCAAAUGGCACGGUCCCAACUCACACGGCUACUACCACCAGUAUUACAGGCGCCCCCGCGUCAGACAAGGACAGCGGCAUCCAUUGCUCAGUAGCUACCUGCCGCGCACAGUCCGAUGAUGGCAUGACAGCCAGUACCGACAACAGCACCAUCAACGCGCGCAGUGGCGUCCUGCCCAUAUCGCCCGUCUCUCUGUCGGACUACGAAGAUGUCUCCAGCUACCUCGCCGUCCCCUCGGGGUAUGGGCAAGCACACCUGGAUCAGUUCUUUGAUGAUUCCGCCUGCAACCGUAUUGAGUCUAUGCCCGACAUAUACGGAUGGGAUGCCAUUCUGGACCAGAGGAACGUUGCCGAGCCCGAUUACUCUCCCCGUGGUGACUGUCACAAUGACCCUUCUAGUCCAGUCUCUAUGGGGGGGCGAAGGGACUCGACGGCAAGGAAGGAAGGCGGUCUUCUUCACCGCGUCUUUAGCCUGGGAAAACAGUCACCACGCAUAACACCUUCGCGUCGCGCCCGAAACCAGCAUUGA